GGGACCGGAGGUGAUUGCAGAAGCAGGGAUCAGUGCCAGCAUGUUAAAUUGACAGAGUUAAAAAUCAGAAACGUUCAGUUUUUAUUUAGAAAAAAGCCCAGUUAAAUUCUGAGCUACCGUUGGCAAACAGAUGUCUGAACAUCAAGAAGUCACGCUAACCACAAAAUAAGUUUUAAAGAAACGUCUGGGUCAGGUCAAGACAACGUCUACUGGAGUUUUAUUCUGCAAAACAGAUUCUACUGGUUUCAUUUGGCUCCGACCCAUUUCUCACCUUUCGCUGUCUUUGAACGUUUGUACUUGCAGCCUGCUUUGUAGGUGCGGACGUGAACGUCCGCGGGGGAACCUGAUUUCUGGGGAGAAUAUCUUUCAGGAAAGCUGCCCGCAGUAAUAGGGAAAUUUCAGCUUGUGUUCUCCCGCAAAGCGUAAGGGGUGGUCCUAACUCUGUACGUCAGCCGGGCGUCCCAGGGUUUGUUUCUCAGGAGAAAAAGAAAGCGGAAGGAACAUGGCAGUGAAAUCCCAGGCAGUUCUGCAGAAUGCGAACCCUCCUCCCCUUUAUCUCCUCUCCUGGAGAGCCUGCAAUUUCUGCAUGGCUUUCUUUUUUGCGCUCGCUGCCUAUGUGCAGAUUAAUGAUCCAGAUGCAGGAAUUUGGAUUGUUGCCUAUGUAGUCCCUGCUGCAUUGUCCCUUCUUGUUGGGUUGAAUCCACCAAUCACAGAAAACUUCAUUUGGAGAAGUCUUUCAGAACUGCAUAUAUACAUGUGUUCCAUGGUUGCAAUCCUGUGGGGCUGGUGGCUUCAUCAAGCUUCAAAGAAUAACAUUUUCCAAGAAGAGGAAGGACGGGAGUUUCUGGGAUUAGUUAUUAUUGUUAUAUGGACUCUUUUGUGUCGACAUUCAGGGAAGCACCUUGGUGGCUUCAGACUUUGCAUUGCGGUUCUCAUUACAGUCCUGCCAUUCAUAACAUGGCUAUAUUACUACAUCAAUAAAGAACUACGAGCAUCCUGGCCAGAUCAUUGCAGGAACACUAUUUAAAAUGGAUAUAAACCAACCAGUGGACCAAGUGGAGGGCCUUGAACAAGGUUGAAAUGGAUUGAACCUAAAACUGAACAAGUGGGUUUUAUUUGUUGUUUAGGGCUGCCAGUCUGGCUGAUUUAGAUACGCGAAAGAGAAUCACUUUUCUCUAUAUUGUACUUAAUUGAGUAUUAAUCAAAAGUUAAAUUAUGUUAAUUUUAUAAUGUAUGUGUCAAUUUGACAUCUCUGGAUCAGAAGGCUGCAAACUGAAACCACACUUUUCAUCAGCAUUUAGUCUAUGUUGAAACAUUUUUGCAAUGAAGUUUUCAUUGCCUUAGCAAUUUGAACUAAACACUAUUAUGUUUGAUAUAGUGAGCAGCAAUAAAUCUUAGAUCUCAAAAUUUCUAUCUGCAAUCAAUGUACAACAAUGGUUAGGAUCAUUUCAUAAUUGCUGGGUCUAACAAGCUCAUCCUUUAUGGCAGGUGUCAUAGAUCUAAUACAAAGCAACAGGUUUGCUGUGCCUAAUGGAUUUUAUACAAUUUUGUUUUGGAAGCAGUGUAUGUUUGUAUACACAGAAUGGAGGGUAGGUCCAUCUGUAACAAUGUUAUUGUGAAUUAGUUAUUUUAAUUGAAGUCAGCAGUUUUAAAAUUUACUAUCAUGUGAGGAAACAACUCUUCACAAGCUUCUAGCCAAAAUAAACUUUGUUGACAUUGUUAUAUAAUGUCAGUUCUUUUACACAGUCUUGUUGGUUACUGCAGUUGAGAUUCAUUACAUGUUUGUCUCACCAAAUCUAAGUCACAUUGGGAAUCAUUUUGUUCAGUCAUUUCCACACUUUGAACAGCUUUUUUCCCCACCAAUGAGUUUACACGAGUGAUAACUAAGGCUAGGCAUAGACCUACUCAAAUAUAAACUAAAGUGAAUUUAAAAUAUCUAGUUGAACACCUUUUGAAUUGGUAUUUUAAGUUAAUAUUUACUGCUUAUAAGCAUUGCUAGUCCUGAAAAACUGACUUCUUAAAUUUAUUAAGUUGAAUUUCUUGAUGAUGAUAAAAGUCUCAUUUUUAAUUUUUAUUAACUAAAUGUGUUGUACGUUUAAUCCUAUGUAUAGGUUUUAAUUAUUUAUUUUGCCUUUUUGUGAAAUUUAAUUAAAAUUUAAAGAUCAUA